UUUGGCGCUGCCAUUUGAGCUUGGGCUGAAACCGAGGGUGGGCCGGCCGCGGCGCCUGCGGUGUCUGCAGAGGCGGUGGGGGCGGAGGAAUGAAGAGGGUCGCUUGACUUCAGUAAACGCACCGGGAUGUGUUGGCCGGGGCAGCCGGCAGGCUGAUGGGGGAGGGAAGGAGCAGCCUGUGAAACGGGGUGACGGCGGCCACGAGCCCGGGCGGGGACCGGGCCUGGGAGAGGCCCCUGAGCAGCCGGCUGGUCCGGUGGCUGGGCUAGGGUGGGGGGCGUGGGGUCGCAGGGAUAGACGCUCAGCUGAGCCUGCUGGGGGCAGGAGGGCGAGAAGAAGGGUAGUCUUUACUGUUCGGAGAGAGCCGAGGACAAAGGGAGGUUUGGAAGAGAGUGGCUGGAAGUAGUGAGAAGCUGGUAACAGGCGUGCUGCAAGGAACUGAAAGGAUCUGAGAGAAAGAAGGGAAAUCUGUGUAAGUAGCGAAAGAAUUAAGUGACAAGAAAGGCCAGUGAAAGUGAAGGAAAGGUGAGGGGUGGCACAGAGCUAAGAGAAGGGUCGGUGAAAGUGUAUAGAGGAUCGAGGAAAAAGCCGUGGAAGUGGCUGGGGUCCGGGGCCGGAAGAGUGUCAGACGGGGCCGGAAGGCAGCGGAGCUGAACGCAAAACUGAGAGUGUUUGGAAACUGGAAGACUUGGUGGCGAAAGAGGGUCAGGACUCAGAUCGCACCUCGGAGAGUGAGCGACAUGUCCGGGAUGUGGGAUCAGAGGCUGGUGCGUUUGGCGGUUGUACAGCAGCUUCGGGCUGCCUAUGGAAUUAAGGUCAAGGGUGGCCGUGCUCAGUGCGAUCGCAGGAGACAGGAAACAGCAACCACGGAAAUAGUGGGUAAAAUAUUUGGAGUACCAUUAAAUGCAUUGCCCCAGUCCGUUGUACCAGAAUAUGGACAUAUUCCAAGUUUUCUUGUUGAUGCUUGCACGUCUUUAGAAGAGCAUGUUCAUACAGAAGGGCUUUUUAGGAAAUCAGGAUCUGUUAUUCGUCUAAAAGCACUAAAGAAUAAACUCGAUCAUGGUGAAAGAUGCCUGUCUUCUGCACCUCCUUGUGAUACCGCGGGACUUCUUAAGCAGUUUUUUAGGGAAUUGCCAGAGCCCAUUCUCCCAGCUGAUUUGCAUGAAGCACUUUUCAAAGCUCAACAAUUAAAAACAGAGGAGAAGAAUAAAGCUACAUUGUUGCUCUCCUGUCUAAUGGCUGACCACACAAUUGAUAUAUUAAGAUACUUCUUUAACUUUCUCAGGAAAGUUUCUCUUAGGUCCAGUGAGAAUAAGAUGGAUAGCAGCAAUCUUGCUGUAAUAUUUGCACCAAAUCUUCUUCAGACAAGUGAAGGACAUGAAAAGAUGUCUGCUAACACAGAAAAAAAGCUACGACUACAGGCUGCAGUAGUACGAACUUUUAUUGAUUAUGCAUCAGAUAUCGGGCAUGUUCCAGAUUUUAUCCUAGAAAAGAUACCAGCUAUGUUGGGUAUUGAUGGUCUCUGUGCUACUCCAUCACUAGAAGGCUUUGAAGAAGGCGAUUAUGAAACUCCUGGUGACUAUAAGAGAAAACGAAGACAAAGUGUAGGAGAUUUUGUUAGUGGAGCAUUAAAUAAAUUUAAAUCUAACAGGACACCUUCUAUUACACCUCAACAGGAAAGAAUUGCCCAGCUAUCCGUUUCACCAAUUCUUACACCAAAUGCUAAGCGUAAACUGCCGGUAGAUUCUCAUGGUUUCUCAAGUAAGAAAAGAAAGUCCAUCAAGCACAAUUUUAACUUUGAGUUGUUGCCAAGUAAUCUCUUCAGUAGCAGUUCUACACCAAUAUCAGUUCACUGUGAUACAAGCCCGGAAGGGUCAUCUCAGAGUUCAUUCUCUCCUGUCGCCAUCAGUGGAAACCAUUUGAUCAGUACAAAUGUGCUAAGGCGAAGUAAAAGGCUUGCAAGCAAAAAGGUUUGCAGGGUGGAAUCAGGAAAAGCAGGCUGCCUCUCUCCUAAAAUCAGCCGUAAAGAAAAGGUUCGAAGAUCUCUUCGUUUGAAAUUUAAUCUAGGGAAAAAUAGCAAAGAUGGAAAUGAGUGUUCUGGUGUCAAUAGAUCUGAAAAUGUUGGUCGACGACUUGCAAAUCAACAAAGUUUAAAAAAUAGGAUUGACUCUGUAAAAACAGGUCUGCUUUUUAGCCCAGAUACUGAUGAAAGAUUAACACAGAAAGGUUCGAAAAAGAGCAGUAAGUCGGAGGAAAACUUAUUAACUCCAGAGCAACUAAGUGGAACAAAUUACCGAAUAUCUUGGAUAGGACCUAGUAAUUCUGAUUUUCAAGAAGUAGAUGGAAGUGAAGCUUCUCCAAUAGAUGGAACUCUUGAGGUGGAGAACUGUUCUUUGGAGCCUGAUAUGAUGGUUGAAAAGUCCCCUGUUAGCUCAUACGCGCUCCCCACUCCUAAUGUACACAGUCAGCACAGUAACAACAUAACUGGCAGCUCUCUUAGUGGUGAUGAAAAUAACCUGACCACAGAGACUGUGGUGAAAAUUCAGAAAGCAUUUUCUGAAUCUGGAAGUAAUCUUCAUGCAUUGAUAAAUCACAAGCAGUCAUCAUUAACUAAUGUGGAGAAAGUAAAAUUCAAUGAAACAUCUUCUACCAAAGGUAGCCCAGAGAAAAAUCUCUUGAAAACUAAUUUGACUGUGAUAGAAUCAAAUGGACACCAUACCAGUAACGAUGAAGAUAGCUUUUCAGAAAGAGACUUCUCACUACAUCAGCCUCAAAAAUCGGAUAGAGAAGCCACUAUAAAAUGUUACUCAACUCAGAUGCAGAUACAACUAGAAAACAACAUUCAUUUCAAUAUACCAACAGAUUAUUUAAGCAAGCAGGAGUUGCCCAGUGAUGAACAUGUAAGGAAACAAGAGUCCCCAAGGGAUACCCUCAAUACUAAAUUAAAGGAGAAUGAAAAUUUGCUUGAAGAGAACUUACUGAAACAUACAGCUUCUAGGGAGGUUGUGGCUAGCACCUCUUCCUUGGGACAGAGCACGGGCAGUAGCACAAACUUGUCAAAACCUAGUCCUGGGGGAAUCAUUAAACAGCAGUCACUGGUGGAGACACGUGAUGAAACGGUUUCUGAAUGCUUACAAAUGACAAAGCAUGGAAGGGUUUCAGACCACAUACAGUGGUUUAACAAGCUCUCUUUAAAUGAACCAAAUAGGACAAAAAUUAAGUCACCUCUGAAGUUUCAGCGUACGCCUGUCCGUCAGUCAGUGAGAAGAAUCAGUUCUUUGUUGGAGCAUGGUGGACAACCUCCAAGGCGUAAAUUAGCAAGUCUUGGUGAUACUGCUUCUCCUCUGGUUAAAUCAGUGAGCUGUGAGAGUGCUCUUCCCUCUUGUGUAGAAAGUAUGACAAAAGAUUCCUCCCAUCCAUGUACCAGAUCAGGUCCUAAAGAACAGAAGUCUUCAUCUUGCAAGCAGUCAAAUAUUGAUAUGAUUUCAAAAUCAAGCAUGGAGGUAACUUCUACAUCUUUCUUACAAAUGAAGAGGCACCCAAACUCUGUGAAUGCUUCUCUUGGGUCCACCAGAGUUUGUAAACAAGAAGUGAUAUCUAAUAGCCAAAUUAAGGUUCCCUUGGAUGAUCUAACAAACCAUGAUAUAGUAAAAUCUAUUGUAAGUAAUGAUAAGGUCUUUCCCCCUGGAGUAAGCAGCAGGGUCCUUAGAAAACCAUCAGAAAAAGAGCGGAUCUGGUAUAAAGGUUCUCCCAAAAAUCCUAUUGGAAAACUUCAACUACUACCAACAAGUAAACCUGUAGACUUAUAAUUGGUAAAUGUUGUACUUGUCAUUAAUGUAUAUAAAAUUAUCAAUUGGUGAUAUGACUUGCAAGGUAAUUGAUGUGUUUGUAGCUCAGGAUGAUUGUUAUGUGAUGAAUUUAAUUUCAUUGCACAAGCAACUUGAAUUCUUGUUUUUCUUAAUUAUGGCAAUAUUUAAGCUGUCUUUAAUUUUAUUGUGAUCUCUUAAAGCAGAGGUUACACUUUACUUUUUUAAAGAAAUUGUUGACUGGGUUUAUAAGAAGUUAAUUUUUGAGAAUUGGAUGAAUUUUAUUUUUUAACGUGUGAUAGAAUGGAAUGAGUCGUGCUGAUUUCUUGUUACUCCUAGGUCAGAUGAGGUUUCUCCAAGAAAUCUCAACACAUAGAGGGAGAGAUAAGCCCUGCAGAUCUUAUUUCUCAAAUUCCAUUAAUGUUCAGUGUCUUUAAAAAUCCCUAGAAAUUAAUUUGCUUCAAUAGCAUUUUAAUCCUUUGUUCCUUUUGGAUGUAAUUAGGUUUAUAUUGCCUAUAGAUGUGACAGUGUGUUCCCUUGAACUAAGAAUAAUGGCCGAUGCAGAAUGACGAUGACUCAAGUGUGCUUCUAUAGUAUGAGGCUGCAGAAAUAACAGAUGACUUUUAAGCCAUACUAUAUUUUUAAAGUUAAUUUGCACAAAUACAUUUGUAUCUGUUUUGUCCAAUAAAGAAUUUAAAAUUCUUUAAGGAGUAAUUAAGCUUGGGAGAUUUUAAUCAAAGUGAUUGCUUGUAUGCAGAUGCUUGGUUUUAGACUUUGAAGUAAUUGAUGCGCCUCUGUAUAUUUACCUUGGAUUCUUACAAGAACCUGUGAUGGUUUUGUCAUGUGUGUAAAUGUUAUUUAUUUAGCAUAGACAUUAAAGAAAACUUUCUGGAAAA